AUUUUCACUGCUAAAAAGGGCUCAUGAAAUGUGAUGUCGGAUAGGCCCGAAUCACGAUACAGCCUUAAUUAGGGUUUUGGUCGUCCAAAUCCUUCAAAAUCCAUUCUCUGCCACCACUUCACCCCUUCUCUCUUGCUCGCUCUCCUCGCCCAAGGUCACUGCCGACUAUGCCGAAAUCAAAGCGCAACAGGCCAGUGACUCUAUCGAAGACGAAGAAGAAGGGAAGGGAGCAUAAAGAAAAUGUAGUGAGCUCGAUACGAGAUGCUGCAGAGAAGUACGAAUCGGCGUACGUUUUCAGUUUCGAGAACAUGAGGAAUCUCAAGUUCAAGGAGUUCAGGGAGCGGCUCAAGUCUUCAAGCAGAUUUUUUCUAGGGUCAAAUAAGGUUAUGCAGAUUGCAUUGGGUAGGUCUGUUGCUGAUGAGAUCAAACCACGCCUUCACAAGGUCUCAAAGCUUCUCCGCGGAGAUUCAGGACUUUGUUUCACUAGUUUGCCCAAAGAAGAUAUUCAAAGAAUAUUUGGAGAAUACGAAGAUUAUGACUUCGCUAGGACUGGAAGCACUGCAACUGAAACGGUGGAGCUACAAGAAGGUCCUCUGGAUCAAUUCACACAUGAAAUGGAACCAUUCUUGCGCAAGCAGGGAAUGCCUGUUCGGUUAAACAAAGGGGUCGUGGAGCUCGUAUCAGACUUUGUUGUAUGUGAAGAAGGAAAACCAUUGUCACCUGAGUCAGCCCGCAUCCUGCGCCUUUUGGGUGUCAAGAUGGCUACCUUCAAACUCCAUCUGAUAUGUAGAUGGAGCUUGGAGGACUUUGAGGUUUACCAAGAAGGGCUGGAAGAUUCGGAUAUUGAGUCCUCUUAGACUUCCAUGACUGUAAAAUCUCUACAACACAGAUCGAUCAAAAGUGGUACGAGGCUGGUUUUCUUCUACCUGUUCGAAAUAUUGCUUUGUGCAUCCUCAAGUUUUGACGCUACCCGGAUUGUAGUAGAAGAAUUGAUUAUCAUAAUAGAUUCUGUAAAAUGAAAUGUGUUUUUCUAAGGACCUAACAGUGUUCCAGUGUUUGAUCAGAGUUUUUUUUUGGUUUUUUGAGUAUUGUGAUUUUUGAACGCCAAUUUGUUUUCUUUAUUCAGAUUGAGGGUCUCCAUGCAAAGGUUGUUUUGCAAAGUAACAUUCCCAGAACUGUAGGUUUUCGUUUCCUCUUUUCCUCGGUCAUAAGAGUAAAGACACUCUGAAAGUACUUGUUUAACCAACUCUGAUUUUAGUAUUUUACAUAGACUGUGAGAUGAAAGUGGCAGGAAACCUUAGUAAAUUGUAUCUAUUGGUCAGUUGCUAUAGAAAUUGAGUACAUUUACUUCCAAUUGAUU